CCCAGAGUACCUGUUUGUUGGUACCGACGGUCCAAGCCCCUAUCCUGACUGAAUCAGUCUAAAAUAAAAUUCACUGCUUCUAAAUUUUUAGAUUUCGCAAGUGAAGCCACAACUUAGAUUUCUUCACCUAAAGAUUCAUCGAAUAAUUCACCAGCACAAACACUACCCCCUUCGAACAAUUCAACUUCGUCGUCCUCGUCUAUCGCCAAUUUGCCCAUCGACCAUGGUCUAUUAUCAUCAUCAAAACAACCAAACCUCAUCGACUCAUCCAUUGUUGCCACAAUGACAAAUCUUAAUUCCACCGCCGCGGGUGUCCCAGGCAUAAUCUCGACCACAUCCACCACCUACGGCUCGCUCGCAGCGACACUCGUCCUCGCCUCACCUCUCAUCGUGAGCCCUGCAAUCAGAGCUAUCCUCUUCAAGAAGAAGUCAGUGAAAGCACAACCCAUCGUGAACUCAAAGCCUAAGAAGAAGAGGAAGGCGCAUAGGGGAAGGCGACACUCUAAGAAAAUUGCGGAAAAGGCAAAGGCAGAAGUGGUGUUGGAGGUGAAGAAGGCGGCCGAGGAGGAGCAGGGGAUGAGCCUCGAGAUGGCGGUUCAGCUGGCAAUGAGAUCGCAGAUGGAGAUGUCAAUCGCCCAUAAUGCCAGGAAGGAGAGUAAUAGGCAGAAGGGUAAGGAGAAGUUUACGAAAGGAUUGCCAACAAGUAAGACGCAGGCGGGAUGGAGACAGACUGAGAAGGGAGAGGAGAUCGGGGAGGUGGGUAUGGAUGGCGUUGUUGGGAGGGUGGAGGUUGAUGGGAACAAUUGGACGGAGGUUGUGUCGAAGAGGAGGGGGAAGGAUAUGGCAGUCACUCCCUCCUUGAGUGAGGCGGCGACUUUGACCGAGACAGCUGUGAGUGAGGAGGCAUCUUUGAGUGAGGAGACAGCUGUGAGCGAAGAGGAAGGUCUAAGUGAAAAGGCGGCUGUGGUUAUGGAGGCAGGUGUGAGUAAAAAAGUAGCUGUGAGUGAGGAGGUCUGGUUUGAGUGAGGAGUGAGGAGUGAGCGAGGCGCAGAAGAAGGGAACGCGAAACUUCUUUCACCCAAUCCCAUGAGUCGGAGAGAAGAAUACGCGAAGGAGGCGAGAGAGUUUUCUUUUGGAAGACAGCGCAUGUUACCGUAGAGCAG